UUUAAGGCUUCGGUUUUUCAGCAAUUUUGAAAAACACGUUCUAAUUUCUUUCGUGUACAGAAAUAAAAAUUGGUGUCAGAAUAAGCCGCCGAGCGUAAAGGUCUUCACCGUAUUGGCUCUUCCUGCGAAUGCUCGAGUGUAUAGACGAUCUUUGAUGCCGGUGCAAACUUGACAGGUCGGGCGGACGCUGCUUGGUGAAGCCGAACUUGGUUCGAUGAGGCGCGGAUGUCGCUUCUCUUUGCUUGUGUGUUUGACCGAAUCAGAAACAGAACGCAGUUAGUUAGCAGAGGUAAUAUACCCGUGGACAGGCUGCUGGACGGUGAGGUAUAAAACCAAUAUGGCAGUAUGUUACCUGACUUAAACCAGCACCUGCUAGCAGCUGGUAUUGAACACCAAACAACAAAGUAAUAGUGGUUGAAGGACUGGGAAUUCUCUGUUGAUGUCAUCGACAUUCCUGAAAAUCAUGUACGACGCAGUAAACUACUUUAAUUCUUGGUAAUAUUUUAGAAGAAAAGCUGCAGGCGACCGGAAAUAGAAUUCUUUCAAAAUAAAACUUGAAAUAAAUAAUCUAGAAGAAACGUUUCUUCCGUCAUUUAAACUCACCGAAUGUUUUUUUUUUUUUUUUUUUACGUUGUGUAAUUGUAAAUGAAAGUUCUCAUACAAGUUUUCAUCAAAAUUUUUAUACAGUUUAGCUUUUAAUCAGUUUUGCUUUGAAAAGCUGGUUUUCUCCCAGUCAGUAAAGUAGAGGGAGCUCUGAACCUCAGCUCAGAUAACCAGCAUGGGUACCAGAGUAUCUGUGAUCUGCACUCUGCUGUACAUUGUCCUUGACAGUGUCAUCACAACUGUCCUGUACAUCAAGGGGACACAGCUAUCCUCCUUCGCACAUGAUGUCCUGGACUUCAACAUCCUGAGCUCUGCCCUGGACCUCUGGGGGAUCGUGCUGCUCCGAGCAUCCCUGUUGUUGGGGGCCUCCGUAGGGGUUUCGUGGAACAAGGAGGAUGGCCCGCCCAGAGUCGCCCAGGUCACCACAGUCAUUCUCCUCUUCUGCAUGGUUAUCAUCACCUAUGCCUUGGCCAAGCUGCUGAUGCUGACAGAGCUGGAGCCUCUCAGCCAGCAGCCGUGGUUCCUGAGCCUAAUCGGUUGGACUUGUGCCUCCUCAUUGGGUGUCGUGCUGCUCUGGAGGCAGCUUGGGAGGGUUUCCAGCUCUGUGAAAGCCCUGACCAUCAGGAACAGCCGUGGUGGAGGAGGAAGGGUCUCUGAGGACACAGAGAAGCUGGUGGAGACAGCUGAUGAAGAGGAGGAAGUGGUGGGACGGAGGAAGGAAGAGGAGAUGGUCAGCUCUAGAGCUACACUGGGACGCUUGCUCAGCUACUGCAGAAAGGAUGUGGGACUCCUUUCUUUAGCUGUCCUCUUCCUCCUCGUCUCUGCAGUGUGUGAAGCUUUCAUUCCAUACUACUAUGGGAAGGCAAUAGACGGCAUUGUGGUUCACCAGAGCAUGGAGUACUUUGCUAAACCUGUGGUUGCAGUGGCUUCACUGGCUUUGGUCAGUUCGCUGGCCGUGGGAGUGCGAGGAGGAGUCUUCACCCUGACAUUUGCGAGAUUAAACCUUCGGCUCAGGAGCCACCUCUUCAAAACCCUGAUGAGGCAGGAAAUUGCGUUUUUUGAUGAAAACCACACCGGGGACAUCCUUUCACGCCUGUCAGCAGACACCACCCAGGUGAGCGACCUCAUCUCCCAGAAUGUCAACGUGUUUUUGAGGAGCGCCAUCAAGGGAACCGGCUUUGUCAUCUUCAUGUUUAGGAUGUCCUGGAAGCUCACGCUGGUCACCAUGAUGGGAUUUCCUUUCAUCGGCCUUGUCUCUAAGCUUUACGGUGAAUAUUACAAGAAACUGACCAAAGAGGUGCAAACAGUCCUUGCAGAGGCUAAUAAGGUAGCAGAAGAGACCAUCUCAGCUAUGAGGACAGUGCGGAGCUUCGCCAAUGAAAGCGGAGAGGCCAACUCUUACUACGCCAAGCUCUUGGUUAUGUUCCAGCUCAACAAAAAACAAGCCCUGGCCUAUGCUUGCUACAUGUGGUCCAGUUGUAUAUCAGAGCUCGCUCUUGAGGUUGCCGUCCUCUACUAUGGAGGUCACCUUGUAGUCACUGGUCAGUUGAGCAGUGGUGGCUUAAUUUCCUUUUUCAUUUACAUGCUGGAGCUGGGAGAAUGUUUUGAGAGCAUUGCAUCAGUUUACACUGGCCUCAUGCAGGGCGUUGGAGCUGCUGAGAAGGUGUUUGAGUAUCUGGACAGGAAACCCAAACAUCCAGCUGAGGGCACAGAGGCUCCAGACAAAUGCACUGGUCUGGUUGAAUUUAAUGACAUCACAUUUGCUUAUCCAACACGGCCAGAGAUUGACGUCCUCAAGGGAGUGUCGUUCACUCUGCGGCCCAGAGAGGUGACUGCCCUGGUGGGGCCUUCAGGCAGUGGAAAGAGCUCCUGUGUGAGUCUACUGGAAAAUUUCUACCUUCCUCAGCAUGGCCAAGUGCUGCUGGAUGGAAAGCCUGUUAACGAGUUUCAGCAUGAGUAUCUCCACUCCAAGGUUGCUCUGGUGGGCCAAGAACCUGUGCUGUUUGCCCGAACCAUUAAGGAGAAUAUCACCUAUGGACUCAGUGACAUCUCUAUGGAGGCUGUGGUGCAGGCUGCCUCCAAGGCUAAUGCUCAUGAAUUUAUCACCAGCCUCCCCAAAGGCUAUGAUACAAGUGUUGGGGAGAAGGGCAUGCAGUUGUCUGGGGGACAAAAACAGAGGGUGGCUAUAGCUAGAGCUCUCAUCCGCCAUCCACGUGUCCUCAUCCUGGACGAGGCUACAAGUGCUCUGGAUGCAGAAAGUGAACAUAUUGUUCAGCAGGCUUUGAACAACAUCAUGCAGGAGCACACGGUGCUGGUGAUCGCCCACCGGCUCAGUACAGUGGAAAAGGCGGACAACAUCAUCGUGAUCGACAGGGGCUGCAUUGCUGAACAGGGGUCCCACAGUCAGCUGAUGGCCAGCGGUGGGCUCUACUGCAAGCUGGUGCAGAGGCAGGUCCUGGGCAUCGAGACUGGAGAAGAAGUCCUCAAUCCGCCCGCGUCCAUCCGGUGGAAGUCUGGUGGAGGGCGCCAGCGAGGAAGAGAAAGCGGUGGCAGCAGCGGGAGCGAGGCGGAGUACAACUUGCGCUACUGAGAUCAAGCUGCAGAGUGCAAAAAAUAUUCAGACGAUAGGUGAAUGAUAAGCAGGGUUAUCCAUACUCCUUUGACAUGAAAAGGGAGGAAAUUAGAAGUCAAACCACUACACUGGAGUCCAGAGGAGUUGUCACUUCAAAUAGAAUUUCUGUAUGAAAUUUCCUGUCUACUUACAAGUUCAGUGGCCUUAUUAGAGUAGCCCAGGGGCUCUUAAAAGUGUACCCAUCCCUGUUAAAAUGCCAGGUUUAUGUGAUGGGGGAACAUCAUUCAGAACGUAUAAAAUUAAAAAUGUGCAAUAAUUCAGUUGUAUGCAUAUAAAUCCACCCAUAAUACUUUGUUAAACCAUAUUUUGAUUCAGCAUUUAGUAAUGUUUGAUGGGAAUAUAUCAGCAGCUACAUCUUGACCUGGUGAUGCUUGUCCACUCUGCCUUGUACAGGUUCUCUGAAUCUGCCAGCUUGUGGGGGACAUUUCUUCUCUACAGGUCUCUUCAAGUGACCACACAAAUUUGUUUUGUCCAAUUUAAUUUUGUACUUUGGCUAGCCCAGGGGUGGCCAACUCCAGUCAAGAGCCGGUGUGCUGCAUGUUUUAGAUGCUUCUCUGGUUUAAAACACUGAAAUAAAAAGGACUUGUUCAUUAAAAGGCUUCUAUAGAACUCGAUGAUUACUAAGGAGGAAAUGAAUCCAUUAAUUUGGCUGUGUUGGACCAGAGACACAUCCACAAUCUUAUUUUAACAGGGGUCUGUACAUUUUGAGAGCGACUGUUCAUACUGGAAUAUUUCAACACAUCACAAACAUUUAAUGGAUGGCCACUAGAUGCUGUAACAGCUUUAGGAAAAGGGAAAAUGCUGCUGUUAAUGCACUUUGUGUUAUUACCUCAUCAUCAACAUAUUAGUGUAACUGUUUUGGUUCAAAGCUGUCUAAUUGGUGUUUCGAUUCUGUGUAUAUUUAUUAAAAUGUUUUUUAGAACGGGAUUUAUAAAGGAUGUCUAUGAGCGGCAGCGUAAAAGUACAUUCAUUAUUGGCUCUUCGCAUGCUGCAUCAUACAAAAACUGAAAAUGGUAAAAAUGUAUGAUCUCUAUGUAUGCUGUAUGACCCCCGUUUAGGAAGAUGGUCUAUUUGUCAAUCAUAAAAAAUGAAACACA